CAUGGCGGAGAGAGGACAGCUCCCUCUUCCCCCCGCCAAGCGCCUCUGCUGCAGACCGGGCUACGGCGCCGGGUGCAGGCCGGGACAGCGGCCGGGGAGCGGAGGCGGCGUCGUGGCUGAAGGCAAUGUAGUGGUGGCGGGUCCGUCCUCGGUGGCCUUCCCUCCCGCCUUGGCCGCCGCCUACGCCGCCGCGCUGGGGGUCCUCCCUUUAGGCAAGACGCAGAGCCCCGAGUCGCUGCUGGACAUCGCGGCGCGGCGGGUGGCGGAGAAGUGGCCCUUCCAGCGGGUGGAGGAGCGCUUCGAGCGCAUCCCGGAGCCCGUCCAGCGCCGCAUCGUCUACUGGUCCUUCCCGCGGAGCGAGCGCGAGAUCUGCAUGUACUCCUCCUUCAACGCCGGGGCCGCCGCCGCCGGAGCCUCGGGAGCCGAGGACGCUGCCUCCGCCGCCAACGGCAACGGCAACGGCAACAGCAACGCAGCCGCCGCCGCCCCCGCCGCCCCCGGAGCAGGAUCUACCGCCCUCGGCUCCCCCGGCACCGCCUCGCCCGCCACCGGCUCCAGCAACAGCGGCGGAGGCGCCCCCAAUGCCCUGCCCGGCGGCGGAGGAGCAGGAGGCGGCGGAGGGGCGGCGGGAGGAGGGGCGGCGGAGGCCUCGGCCGACGAGAACCGCUUGCCCUUCCGCAGGGGCAUCGCGCUGCUCGAGGGGGGCUGCGUCGACAACGUCCUCCAAGUCGGUUUCCACCUGAGCGGCACAGUGACCGAACCUGCAGUGCAGUCGGAGCCAGAAACUGUUUGCAAUGUAGCUAUCAGCUUUGAUCGUUGCAAGAUUACCUCAGUGACCUGUAGCUGUGGAAACAAAGACAUAUUUUACUGUGCCCAUGUCGUGGCACUUUCUUUAUACCGAAUCCGCAAGCCUGAUCAGGUCAAACUGCAUCUUCCCAUUUCAGAGACUCUCUUUCAAAUGAACAGAGACCAACUCCAGAAGUUUGUACAGUAUCUGAUCACAGUGCACCAUACAGAAGUUUUGCCAACUGCUCAAAAGUUAGCAGAUGAAAUCCUUUCUCAGAAUUCAGAGAUCAAUCAAGUUCAUGGUGCCCCUGAUCCAACAGCUGGUGCUAGCAUAGAUGAUGAAAAUUGCUGGCAUCUUGAUGAAGAGCAAGUCCAAGAACAAGUUAAGCUCUUUCUUUCCCAGGGUGGAUAUCAUGGAUCAGGGAAACAGCUCAACUUGCUUUUUGCAAAGGUGCGAGAGAUGUUAAAGAUGAGAGAUUCAAAUGGUGCUCGAAUGUUGACAUUGAUUACAGAACAGUUCAUGGCUGACCCUCGCCUGUCGCUUUGGAGGCAACAAGGGACUGCAAUGACAGACAAAUACAGGCAACUGUGGGAUGAACUAGGUGCUCUUUGGAUGUGUAUAGUCUUAAAUCCCCAUUGCAAAGUGGAACAAAAGGCCAGUUGGCUGAAGCAGCUGAAAAAAUGGAACAGUGUUGAUGUUUGUCCCUGGGAAGAUGGGAACCAUGGAAAUGACUUGCCCAGUCUAACCCAUGCUUUGCCUCAGGGUGUAAAUGCAAUCCAAGAUUCAUCAAACAGGUCUCACCGGACAGUGUUCACUCGAGCCAUUGAGGCGUGCGAUCUCCACUGGCAGGACAGCCAUUUACAGCACAUUAUUUGCAGUGACCUGUACACCAACUACUGCUACCAUGAUGAUGUUGAAAACUCACUCUUUGACUCUCACGGCUGGCCCCUCUGGCAUGAACAUGUGCCUACAGCCUGUGCAAGGGUGGAUGCGCUGAGAUCUCAUGGCUAUCCUAGAGAAGCACUGCGGCUUGCUAUAGCUAUUGUCAAUACUUUAAGGAGGCAGCAGCAGAAACAGCAGGAAAUGUUCCGGUUCCAGAAGAAAGAACUUCUCCAUAAAGGAAUAACCAAUAUAACUAAUCUAGAAGGGUGGGUUGGGCACCCCUUGGAUCCAAUUGGCACUCUUUUUAGUAGUCUUAUGGAAGCAUGCAGAGUGGAUGAAGAGAGCUUCCAUGUAUUCUCAGAUUUCACAGAUAAUAUGGGCCAGUGCAGAUCUCUGGAUUACUACCACCUGCCUACUCAUAAAUUUUUGGAAGAAGGGGAAACUUUCCUGACAUUAGCUGUGGAAGUGGCAUUGAUAGGACUGGGGCAGCAGCGAAUAAUGCCGGAUGGCUUGUAUGCACAAGAAAAGGUUUGUCGGAAUGAGGAACAGCUGAUUUCCAAGCUACAGGAAAUAGAACUGGAUGACACCCUGGUGAAGAUUUUCCAAAAGCAAGCAGUCUUCUUAUUAGAAGCUGGACCUUAUAGCGGCCUAGGUGAAAUCAUCCAUCGAGAGAGUGUUCCAAUGCACACAUUUGCCAAGUAUCUUUUCACCUCUCUCCUACCUCAUGAUGCUGAACUAGCAUACAAAACUGCACUGAGAGCAAUGCGUUUACUGGUAUUGGAAUCCACAGCUCCAUCGGGAGAUAUGUCUCGUCCACAUCACAUUGCAUCAGUUGUUCCAAACCGGUAUCCCCGAUGGUUCACCCUCAGUCACAUUGAAUCUCAGCAAUGUGAGUUGGCAUCAACUAUGCUAACUGCAGCCAAAGGUGACGUUCGCAGGCUUGAAACAGUGUUAGAAUCUAUCCAGAAAAACAUUCACUCCUCAUCACACAUCUUCAAGCUGGCACAGGAUGCAUUUAAAAUAGCAACACUUAUGGAUACUCUGCCAGAUAUCACCCUUCUGAAAGUCUCUCUGGAGCUGGGUCUUCAGGUGAUGCGUAUGACAUUAUCAACGUUGAAUUGGCGGCGGCGGGAGAUGGUGAGAUGGUUGGUAACGUGUGCAACAGAAGUAGGUGUUUAUGCACUGGAUAGCAUCAUGCAAAGCUGGUUUACACUUUUCACUCCAACCGAAGCGACGAGUAUUGUUGCUACUACAGUGAUGUCCAACAGCACCAUAGUCCGCUUGCACCUGGACUGUCAUCAGCAGGAGAAACUGGCCAGCAGUGCUAGGACGCUUGCUUUGCAGUGUGCGAUGAAGGAUCCUCAGAACUGUGCCCUCUCUGCACUUACCUUAUGUGAAAAAGACCAUAUAGCUUUUGAGACUGCUUACCAAAUUGUUCUCGAUGCUGCUGCAACCGGCAUGAGCUAUACGCAGCUGUUCACUAUAGCACGUUAUAUGGAACAUCGUGGUUACCCUAUGCGGGCCUACAAACUGGCCACAUUGGCUAUGACGCAUCUCAACCUGAGCUACAAUCAGGACACACACCCUGCCAUUAAUGAUGUUCUUUGGGCAUGCGCACUUAGCCACUCCCUUGGCAAAAAUGAACUAGCAGCUAUUAUACCUCUGGUGGUCAAAAGUGUCAAAUGUGCAACGGUACUGUCAGACAUCUUGCGCAGAUGUACUUUGACCACUCCGGGAAUGGUGGGACUUCAUGGAAGGAGGAACUCUGGUAAACUCAUGUCAUUGGACAAAGCCCCACUAAGGCAACUCUUGGAUGCCACAAUUGGAGCGUAUAUUAAUACCACACAUUCUCGACUCACGCACAUCAGUCCACGACAUUACAGUGAGUUUAUAGAAUUCCUGAGUAAGGCCCGAGAGACUUUCUUAAUGGCUCACGAUGGACAUAUUCAGUUUACACAGUUCAUUGACAACCUGAAACAAAUCUACAAAGGCAAAAAGAAACUGAUGAUGUUGGUUCGUGAACGGUUUGGUUGACAAAAGAAAAUGUGUGAAUUGGGUGGGGUGGGGGAAGUGGGAGGGCAGUAUGUUUUUACUUGAGCCUGUCUUUGUAUCCUUUAUAACUUAAACAGAGCCACGCCGGUAUUAUAUGUGUAUAGUUAUAUACUGAGUUUGCAAAACUAAAAUGUCACGUAAAAUUUGUAUAUAUGUGUGCGUGUGCAUUUUCCUUUCCUUUUCUGUAUGAGAGAUUGAGAGGCUUAAAAAUUUUUUGGUUUACACUGAGUAUAUGUUGUCAAGUGGCAGAAGUCCACAGAGCUCUCCUGUUCUUUCUGUAUAUGUUCACAGCCUCAAAACAAAAAACAAAAAGAGAGAGAGAGAAAAUAUAUUGCAAUGGCUUUAAAAAGAAAAACCAAACAAAAACACCUCCAUCCUGUGAUAAGUACCUCGAAUGGCUCCAGCUUUACUCCUUUGUAACUCAUCCUGACAUUUCAGCUUACUUAAAUGAACCAACCACACAAAUAACAAAAGUUUCAAAGGCUGACCCACCAUGCAGCUUUGCAGUGCUUGUUCAUCCAAAAGCAUGGCACAUGAUGCUUGCGCAUGUGGAACCUUAGCGACUGUCAACAUACAUUCUCAGGGAUUUAUCUGAAAAAAUAAUUAAAGAAUGAGAGCAUUUAUUGUACUGUAUAUAUAUUAUAGUAUAUGUCGGAAUAUUGAGAAAAAUAUAACAUUAACUAAUUUAUAAAAAAAAUCUAUAAUGCGAAAAUACUUGAAGCUGCAGUAGCUUGGUUUUAAACAAAAACAAGAAAAACGUAUUGAAAAGACGUUAAGUGCACCUAGCUUCAGGGCUGGCUCAGGUGAUCAACGUAAUAUGCUGGGCAUCUAUGCAGAGCCACCUUUUGGAUUGCAUUGUUGAAUGGAAAUUAGGGGGAAAUUUAUACACACAUGCACACACAGAGAGAGGCAGGUGUAUACGUAUGUAUGUAUGUAUGUAUGUAUACAGUACAUAUUUGUGUGCUUCUUAACAUGCACUCUAAUAAAGAGGGGACAACACAGCCAGAGCAGGAAGCCUUAGCAAGAAUCCAGUAUGCCAGACUUGGGGUUUGUACCUCCUAGCCUAGAAAACUUAAAUACCCUCCCCUUCCACAUACACACAAGGUGGCUACAGAUAAUAAUGUACCACAUUGUCACCCCAUGUAAAUGUAACUGGGACACAGACAAAUGAUAUUGCAUUCUGAUUACCUGCUGUAUGCAGCCAUUUGAUGAGGUGGUUGAAUUUUUAUUUUUUUUUAACCACUUGUCCUGAAACAAAACAUAUUACAGAAGCAGUAAGGUGGAAAAAUUGCCUUACCAUUUGGCCAGUCACUAUAAGUGACCAGCUUCUGCUGUUUGUGUGCACUACACUUAGCUUGGAAGUGGUGACCAUGUGGGAUACAUUCACCUGUUGCUACCUGCAAUGUUUUCCAAAACAAUUGACAUAGUACAUUAUGCCUUUGCAGUGAGCUAAUAAUAAGCUAACCUUUGUGCACAAAUAACAUAUAUAUUAUAUAUAUAUAUAUAAAUAUAUUCUGCAUAGGUAUUUGACUUUGUGCAGGACAGAAAGUUGUGUAGGUAUGACUGUUCUACUAUUCAGUUUGUUUUUAAUAUUUUUAUUUCCUAUAGAAUUACUUCAGAAGAAAGCAGCCUUCUAUCUUGCCUUGUCUUAAUGCUUUAAAAUAACCAAACUGGAGAUCUAACUACCAAACUGUUUUUUUAUUAUUAUUAUUAUUAUUAUUAUUAUUAUUAUUAUUAUUAUUAUUACCACCACCACCAACUUUCGUUACAGUAUAGUGUCUUUUACUUUAGCUGAUGGUUCUGUACCCUUGUGCUUUUAAAAGCAUUUUUUAAACAUUUUGGUGCAAAAGAUGUCCCGUGUCUCGUUCCUUUCAUUAGAGGACAUGCUAGAGGUAUGUUUGUAGGCAUUUUUAUGUUUGUUUAGAAGGGGGGAAACUUGUUCCAUGCUCUCCAUUUUAUUUAUUAUACUGGGGGAGGGGGGGAGGUUGUAUUUCAUCACCCAUGUAAACAUGCUCAUGAAGUUGAAAGUAAUUAAGAUUUGAUACACUGAUAUCAAUUUAUUUAUGUAACUAAAUCACUGUUUUAUAAACUUGUUAAUGAUCAACAAUUUUUUGUUUUGAUUAAAAUUAGUUUUUUGGAA